CCUCGGCGCUGCGCGAGGCCCACCGGCUCCCGGGCCCGCCGCGGAGCCACCGGAGGAGGGCGGGGAGGACCAUGUGAAUGGGCUCCGGAGCUUGAGCGCCGCACAGCCUUUUGAAGAAGCAGAAUGCUGAUCUAGACGUGGAAAAAGACCAGGCCUGCUGCUGUUGUCGAUGACAUGUGGAGUGUAUAAAGUUUGUGAUAGUCGGUGGAGAUUUUGGAACUUAGAUAAUGGGCUGUGUGCAAUGUAAGGAUAAAGAAGCUACAAAACUGACAGAGGAGAGGGACGGCAGCCUGAACCAGAGCUCCGGGUACCGCUAUGGCACAGACCCUACUCCUCAGCACUACCCCAGCUUCGGCGUGACCUCCAUCCCAAACUACAACAACUUCCAUGCAGCUGGGGGCCAAGGACUCACCGUCUUUGGGGGUGUGAACUCUUCGUCUCACACUGGGACCUUGCGUACAAGAGGAGGAACAGGAGUGACAUUGUUUGUGGCUCUUUAUGACUAUGAAGCCCGGACAGAAGAUGACCUGAGUUUUCACAAAGGAGAAAAGUUUCAAAUAUUGAACAGCUCGGAAGGUGACUGGUGGGAAGCCCGCUCCUUGACAACUGGAGAAACUGGUUACAUUCCCAGCAACUAUGUGGCUCCAGUUGACUCCAUCCAGGCAGAAGAGUGGUACUUUGGAAAAUUAGGCCGCAAAGAUGCUGAGCGACAACUCCUGUCCUUUGGAAACCCAAGAGGUACCUUUCUUAUCCGCGAGAGCGAAACCACCAAAGGUGCCUAUUCACUUUCCAUCCGUGACUGGGAUGAUAUGAAAGGAGAUCAUGUCAAACAUUAUAAAAUUCGCAAACUUGACAAUGGUGGGUACUAUAUCACCACCCGGGCCCAGUUUGAAACGCUUCAGCAGCUUGUCCAACAUUACUCAGAGAGAGCUGCAGGUCUCUGCUGCCGUCUAGUAGUGCCCUGUCAUAAAGGGAUGCCAAGGCUUACCGAUCUGUCUGUCAAAACCAAAGAUGUCUGGGAAAUCCCGCGAGAGUCCCUGCAGUUGAUCAAGAGACUGGGAAAUGGGCAGUUUGGGGAAGUAUGGAUGGGUACCUGGAAUGGGAACACAAAAGUAGCCAUAAAGACUCUUAAGCCGGGCACAAUGUCGCCCGAGUCAUUCCUGGAGGAAGCGCAGAUCAUGAAGAAGCUGAAGCAUGACAAGCUGGUGCAGCUGUAUGCGGUGGUGUCCGAGGAGCCCAUCUAUAUUGUCACGGAGUACAUGAGUAAAGGAAGUUUGCUUGACUUCUUAAAAGAUGGUGAAGGAAGAGCUCUGAAGUUGCCCAAUCUUGUGGACAUGGCAGCACAGGUGGCUGCAGGAAUGGCUUACAUUGAGCGCAUGAAUUAUAUCCACAGAGAUCUGCGGUCGGCAAACAUUCUAGUAGGGAAUGGACUAAUUUGCAAGAUUGCUGACUUUGGAUUGGCUCGGUUGAUUGAAGACAAUGAGUACACCGCAAGACAAGGUGCAAAGUUCCCUAUUAAGUGGACGGCCCCCGAAGCAGCCCUGUAUGGAAGGUUCACAAUCAAGUCUGAUGUGUGGUCUUUUGGAAUCUUACUCACAGAGCUGGUCACCAAAGGAAGAGUGCCAUACCCAGGCAUGAACAACCGGGAGGUGCUGGAGCAGGUGGAGCGUGGCUACAGGAUGCCCUGCCCGCAGGACUGCCCCAUCUCCCUGCACGAGCUCAUGAUCCACUGCUGGAAGAAGGACCCCGAAGAGCGCCCCACUUUUGAGUACUUACAGGGCUUCCUGGAGGACUACUUUACCGCCACAGAGCCCCAGUACCAGCCCGGUGAAAACCUGUGAGAGCCGGCUCUGCAGAGGCCUCGUCCAGGGGCCCCCUCACCCCUCCCCAUUAGCUUCCAAUCCAUAGCCAGCUGCCCCCCAAGCAGCGAGGACCGUCUGGGACCAGAUUGCAUGUGACUGAAGCUGACGAACUUCCAUGGCCCUCAUUAAUGACACUUGUCCCCCAUACGAGACAGAACCGUGUUAUUUCUCAGACUUUGGAAAUGCAUUGUAUCGAUGUUAUGUAAAAGGCCAAACCUCUGUUCCAUGUAAAUAGUUACUCCCGUGCCAACAAUCCUAGUGCUUUCCUUUUUUAAGAAAAUGCAAAUCCUGUGAUUUUAACUCUUGUCUUCACCUGAUUCAACUAAAAAAAAAAAAGUAUUAUUUUCCAAAAGUGGCCUCUUUGUCUAAAACAAUAAAAUUUUUUUUCAUGUUUUAACAAAACCAA